UUUCUCUCUCUUUGUCUUUUUUCUUUUUCUUUUUCUUUUGGCAACUGGCACCCAGGCGCCGGCCGGUUCAACCAUCACAAUAAGCCCAUCGCCUCAUGGCUGCCAUCUCUCCUGUUCCCGGAUGGCGGGAUACGUUAUGGCCCUGUUAUAGCUGCUGCAGGAAGAUCUGGAUACCUUCCCUCGGACAGUUUAAUCCACAAUGUUUGGGCGUAAUUGGCCACAUCCCUCUUUGGGCUGCUGUCCUGACGGUGACGUUUCGCUACGGGCUCCGCCCUGCGUGGUCCGCCUACCGACCCAUCUGGCUGCGCAGGUUCGCAGCUGAGAAACAUGUGCUGCCGUCCAGCGUGCCGGACCAGGAGUCUGGCACAAGCGGUUCCUUCCGCAAAUCCUGGACCGCUUGGAAUGGGGCUCUUCUGUUUCUGAAUCUUGCUGCCGCGUUUCUGGGCGUCGGUGGCGCUUUGGCCUGGCCAGAGCAUGCUCACUUAUCGCUGAUCCCCGUUGUCCCUAGCGUGAGUUUGCCCGUAUCAGAGCAAAUCUCCCCGGCCGCGCUGAUCCUGGUUGUACAGAUCAUGUCGGUUAUCGUGCUCGCAGUUGAGCGUCCCAGAACCACCCCGGGAUCUGUCUUCAUCAUCAACGGUAUUCUUCUCCUCGCUAUGAUGGCGAUCUUGGCGCUGGUGCCCGGUGCAUUCCCCGCUGUCUGGCUCCGCACCCUGGCAUGGAUAGCCGGCGUUGGCCUGCCCCUGGCCUCCGUUGUGGUGAUGCUCAACAUGCCCCUGAGAGACCCACUGCUGGAUAGCACCGGAAUCGGAAAGCCGUUCGCUGAGCCCACUGCCGCCCUCCGAAGCCCCGAGGACAUCAUCACCUUGUGGCAGUGGAUGACAGUGUCGUGGAUGGGACCUCUCAUUAAGAUUGGCUACCAAAGACAGCUCGAGGAAGAAGACAUCUGGUCCCUUCCGUAUGAGUAUCAGCACAGUAGACUUCAUAUCCUCUUCCGAGAACUUCCAGGCACCGUCUUGGCUAGGCUGCUCAAGGCCAACGGUCUGGAUCUCGUCAUAACUACAGCCCUUGGCAUCCUCCAAACUUUUCUCGAGUCAGCGGAGCCCGUCCUGCUCAAGCAGCUGCUAGCGGCGUUGACCGCUACUGAGCCAAAUGUUCGCGCCGCUACGGUGUACGCCGGGAUCACCCUGUUGUCGAGGUUGAUCAAGAUGCAACUGGGCGUGUUCAACCUUUGGUAUAGUCGACACACCUAUGAAAGGGCACGGGGCGUGCUCAUUACCAUGAUCCACGAGAAAACGCUAAGGAGGAAGGCCUACACGUUUCCCAGCAGCCACGAGCUUCCUCCGAGCCAGGCUGGGGAGCAGCAACAAGAGCCCUUCUCUCCCACACCCGGCAUUUCCACCUCGACGACCCUCACGGACGAAGAGGCUAGCAUCAACGACAAUGACGGCGGCGACGGGCGCUCCACCAGCUCACAAACUUCCAAGUUCCAAAAACUCAAAUCCUUCGUCCAUCACGGCUACACCAAGCUCAAACCGCGGCAUCCACCUCCAAAGCCUGACCCCGCCACCUUCACUCCGGCCUCAACGGGCAAAGUUCUUAACCUCCUCCGGAACGACGCGUAUGAGAUUGCCCAACGCUUCUGGGACGCUCCCUCCAUCACCACCACGCCUCUCAGCCUGAUCUUUUCGCUCAUUCUCAUUUGGCGCAUUCUUGGCCCCGCCUGCCUCAUCGGACUUUUGGUCCUACUCGCCGGCAUGGCCGCCAAUGUCUUCCUCAUGCGUCUCUUGCUCGGCAUUGAGCGCGUCCGCCGCGAGCUCACCGACACCAAACUGCAGCGCACCAGCCAGUUCGUCGAGGCUAUCCGCCACCUGCGUUGGUACGACUGGCAAGGCGCCUGGCUCGACACCAUCAUGGCCAGCCGCCGGGAUGAGCUGCGCAAGAGGGUCCACAGCAGCGUCGUCCUCAAGGCCAUUGCCCUCGUCAACACACUGGCGGCCUACCUGUUCCCCGUCGCCGGCUUCUGGGCAUUCACCGUUGUCAGCGGGCGGCGGCUGACCGUAGACGUUGCGUUCCCGGCGCUUGACUUGUUCACCAUGUUGCAGACGAGCUUGAGGGAGCUGCCGGACUUGAUAACGAUCCUUUUGAGCAGCCGUGUCGCUCUGGGCAGGGUAGAGGCGUUUAUGCGGGAGCCGGAAAAGGAGGAUUUGGUGAUGGAUGGGGAUGGCGUCGGGAACGGUGCGGUAGGAGAGGCGAUGGUGGGCCCGCCGGAGGGAGAGCCCGAGAUCGUACUGACGGACGCCUCUUUCUCGUGGCCUGGAUCUGCGAAGAAGGUGCUGAGGGAUGUGUCCGUCACCUGCGGGCCGGGCUUGACGGUGGUCUGCGGCAAGGUUGGGAUCGGCAAGACGGCGCUGCUGCAGGCGAUGCUGGGAGAGCUGGACCAGCACGGCGGCGAGCGGACCGUGCCGGCCGAGAUGAUCGGGUACUGCGCCCAGACGCCCUGGCUUGAGAGCAUGAGCAUUCGACAGAACAUUCUCCUCUCGGCGGUCUACGACAAGGCCCGGUUCGAGCAGGUCAUCGAUGCGUGCUGUCUGCGGGACGACCUCAAUAUGUUCCGAAGCAAGGAUCUCACUCUGAUUGGGGAGAACGGCGUCGGGCUGUCGGGAGGUCAGCGGGCGCGCGUGGCACUGGCCAGGGCCAUUUACAGCCAGGCGCGCAUCUUGUUGCUCGACGACCCCAUCGCGGCCUUGGAUCACCAUACGGCUAGCGCCAUCGUGCGGAACCUCUUUGGGUCGAAGAAUUCGUCUCUUACGGCCGGCCGGCUCGUCAUUUUUGUCACCCAUCGAGUGGACAUCAUCAUGCCAUAUGCAGACGAGGUCAUUGAGGUUGGCCGGGGAGGCCGGGUGCAUACUUUCGACAAGGAGGAACUGCGAAAGCACGGGGAGGAGCUGGAGUACCUGGCCGAGCUUGCCAAUGCUGCGGCUGCCCCCGGUAACGACAGUGCGGCGGCUUGCGAGGAAGAGGAGCCGAUUCCGGACAAGUUUAUCGAGGACGAGCGGCGUGUACAAGGAGGCGUCAUGGCCUCGGUGUAUUGGCAGUAUGUCAAGGCUGGGAAGCUCCGCUGGUGGGCCACCAUGAUCGGCUUCUUUGCCUUGUUUCGCUUCUUUGCAGUGGCAUACAACUGGUUUCUCAAGGAAUGGGGCGAGCAGUACCAGAAAACGUCCCUUGGGUCCAUCUACAGCAUCGAAGUUGCUGGUCUCGGGAGCGACGUGGAGAGCUUGGGAGUGCAUAACCUCGCUCAAACCCUCAACAAAUCGUCGGCGAGCCACUGGCUCGAGUUUGGACGUUGGCUGCCACCACCCGGCGAAGAUGUCCGCCCGUGGCUCCUUGGGUUCCUUGUCCUGUCUCUAGCUCAGGUGCUGGUCCAGACUUGCUCGGACGCGGCACUUGUAGUCAUUGUCUACAAGGCCGGCAAGAAUCUGUUUGAAAGGGCCAUGGGACGAGUGGCCAACGCUACCUUCCGCUUCUACGACGUCACGCCAGUCGGUCGGCUGAUGAACAGGCUAACAUCGGACAUGGGAACCGUCGACGGACAGAUCGCACAGCAGCUGGUCAUGGUGGCCUGGUACUCGGUCGCCUGGCUGUCCUCGAUGAUCGUUAUAGCCGGGGCGACGCCGACCUUUUUGGUUAUGAGCGGCGCCAUGACCGUCACGUUUGUUAUGAUCUUCAACCGCUUCCUACCGGCUUCCCAGUCCCUCCGCCGGCUGGAGACAGUGUAUCUGUCACCGCUGUUCUCCAACUUUGGCACCCUUGUCGAAGGACUGACCACCGUGCGUGCCUUCCGGUCCGAGCCGCACUUUCAGAACCGCAUCAUUACGAACGCAGAUGCCUUUCAGAAGAUGGACCACAUGUACUGGUGCCUUCAGACAUGGCUACAGUUCCGCUUCGACCUGCUGUCGGCAGUCAGCUCCUUCACCUUGGCCUUGACGGCCAUCCUCUCAGGUCUCUCGAGUGGGACCGUCGGCUUUGUGCUGGCCUCAGCCUCUAGCUUUGUCCAAUCCACCCACCAGCUCUGCCGUCGCUACGGCGAGAUGCAAAUGCAGUUCGUCAGUGUCGAGCGCGUCGUGGAGCUCCUCGACCUCGACCAGGAACCACAAGGGCCUGUGAAGCCGCCGGCCUCGUGGCCGCACUACGGCGACGACAUCGUGUUCGACAACGUCACCCUCCGCUACGCGCCCACUCUGAACCCCGUGCUCAAGAACCUUACCUUUACAAUCCCCGGGGGCGCAAACGUAGCCGUGACGGGGCGUACCGGCUCCGGAAAGAGCACGCUCGCGCUCAGCCUGCUCGGCACACUUCACGCCGACGCAGAAACGGGCGGCAGCAUCCGCAUUGGCGCGAUCGACCUCGCAACCGUCGAUAAGCACGCCCUCCGUCACAACAUCACCUUUGUCGCGCAGGACCCGGUGCUGUUCCCGGGCACGCUGCGCGACAACCUUGACCCGCUGGGGGAGAGCGACGAGGCAGAGAGAGCUGACGUGCUCCGCCGCGUGCUAGGGGGUCCAUGCGGGUCGGAAAGCAACAGCGGCAGCUUCACGCUCGACAGCCGCGUCGACGGCGGCGGCAAGAACCUAUCGCAGGGCCAGCGGCAACUGAUUGGGUUGGGCCGUGCGAUCCUUCGGCGGAGCCCUGUCGUCAUCAUGGACGAGGCGACGGCGUCCAUCGACGGCGAGACGGCAGCGUAUAUACAGCAGCUACUGCGGGAGGAGCUCAAGCAUAGCACAGUAAUCACGAUUGCGCACAAGGCGGAGGCGGUGAAGGACUGCGAUUUUGAGAUCGUCUUGGACCAGGGGCAGGUCUUGAGGGCUGGGCCGAGAGGCUCAAGGUUGUUGCAGCAGCAGCAGCAGCAGCGGGUCGCAUGAGGUUGCACGUGGUUAUGGCUUUUCAAAAUGGGAAUGGUUGUUUUCUGGCAAAGUAGCGGUUCAAGAGUAGGCAUAGACAACAAGGGCGUUAUUAAUACGCAAGGGUAUUUGGGCAGCGUUACUUCGUACAUACAACAAGAGAACUUUUGAUUGAAUUUGAAUCGAGUGUAUAAUUUACUUAACUCUUAAUUUUAUCCGUAGCUUGGCGGGAAAGGGUAAGAUGAAGUGUGCUGAUGACUAAACG